AUGCUGCUACAAAUGCAGCUUGCGUCUGGGCCUUCGCAGCCGCGAGCUGCCGUCUAUGGGGAUGGGGGCUUCUCCUGCAGCUGCUUUGCACUGAGUUUUUCGUCGUUUGAUGAUUAUCUUGGUACAAAGGCUGACAGUUUUGCAGCAAUAGCCAAUUUCUACUAUGAAAAGCUCGUUCAGCUACUGGCAUUACUACAAGAUUUGUAUAAUGCAUGCCUCUCGUUGGCCGAUAGUUACUGUCGAGAACUUGCAAAGAACCAUCAUUCCCUUCGAUACUCCUCCCCGAUCCCGCCCUUAAGUUUUGAAGGUAAUAGUCAGUUUGAUGGAGGGGAUGCUUGCAAAGCCAUAGAUACUGAUGUUGAGAGUACAUGUUAUUCAAGUCACCUUUGUUGGGAGCUAGUUAGAUCGAUAUUCGAUCCUGAUAUGGUCAUAGCAGAACAUUGA